UCGUUCUUUCGCGCUGUCUAACUUUCUUCAAACUUUGUUGUCUCUCUCCCAUGGACUAUAACUUCAAAUGCAGACACGCGGAAGACAUCAGAGAAACUUUCUGCUUUGAUAGCAUGAGGCGAAUGUCUGCAACAGGUUAUGGUGUCGUUCGCCUCUGACCUUUCCAGAAUCAGCCUUGGAUAGUUUGGAAUUAGCAGAUGUGAACUUGGAAGUUUGAAACACUUCACAAACAGCUAUCUAGGUUGCUGAUUUAUAUAGAUGCGUGUGAGCAUCCCUUGCAUGCCCGUGAUACAAAGGUGCACCUUUUCACCUCUCAUGCAUAGGGCACGUUUGAGUGGAUUUUUCUGUGCUACGGAUAGUAAACGUUCUCCCACGGGCGUUUAUAUAGUUGCCCGGCACUUGAUCACUAAUUAAUUGAUCAGGACUAUUGAUUAUUGGAUACUAGAUAUAUCGACUUCAUUCAGGAUCAUGGAAAAUAAUAAUUUCAUGUCGCACUUUGGUCUCCUAAGCUGGCCUGCAUUACCAAAGCGAACAAGUACUGUUCUGCAUCGCAUCAUCCCGUCUGUAUUCAGAAUCAUAGAAGACUCCAGCAAAGAUGGUGAUGUAGUAAAGACGGACCCUCCUCGACUGCUUGAUGGUGAGGUGAUCAUCUGUCAAACGCCGAACGUGCUCAAGUUUGACUCCUACAAUGGGUCGAACCGUGGAAUAUCUGGAACUCUCUUCUGUACCAACUUCAAGAUCAGCUUCGUCACAGCCAACAGACCAACGCAACAUGUGAUUGAGCUUGACCACAGAAAUCAUCUUUUCAAAGAGAAUGACAUUCCACUUACAGCAGUUAGCCAGCUCUUUCAUGUCAGUAACGGUAAGCGACGUCAGAUGCUCCCUGGGAUGGGGUCCACGAGUCAUGUCAAGCUCAUCGAGAUCAGAUCAAAGAACUUCAAAGUACACAUGUUCAGCUUCAAGUUUGCCCCCAAGAGCACAGUGAAAUCGAUGAUCAACACAAUCUUGCAUCAUGCCUUCCCGACCAAUCCACAACUUCUCUUUGCCUUCUUCUUUGAGCUUCCAUCCAACUCGCCCAACUCGCGCCCCAAACGCACCGAAUCCACUCACAACUCUCUCACAAACGGACACGAAGCAAAGAAGGCGUUACCCGUCCGCAGCGGAACCCGCAUCAAGGGACUCCUCCAUCCUCAGCCUAAAUACACGCCGUACCGUGACAGAAUAUCGGCCACGCCUCCGCCCCCGCCGCCGAAUAAACCGGAUCGGGAGAGGCACGGGAGGACACCCCAGUUCAGACGGGUAGCAGACUGGGAGCAACAGAUAAAGAGGACGGGGGCAAGGAACGUCCGGGUCACGGAGGUCAAUCGAGACUUCAGGUUAUCAGACAGGUGAGAAAACAAAGAGAAGUAG